AUGGAGCCGAUCCCUCGAAAGGCCGAGCUCCCCUUCCUGACCGAGAUGGCUCCGCGCGCCCAAGCUCCUGCCAACCGCACGCUGCUCCGCUCCGUCCCCACCGACGAGAUGCACGACCUGCUCUGCGUGGGCUUUGGUCCGGCCUCGCUGGCCAUCGCCAUCGCCCUACACGAUGCUAUGGACCCGACUCUCUCCUGCACGGCGACAGGCUCCUCCUCCUUCAGGCCCAAGGUGUGCUUUCUCGAGCGUCAGAAGCAGUUCGCCUGGCACGCAGGCAUGUUGGUCCCCGGCUCGCGCAUGCAGAUUUCCUUCAUCAAGGAUCUGGCCACCCUCCGUGAUCCCCGCAGUAGCUUCACAUUCCUGAACUACCUGCACAACAAGAACCGUCUCAUCCACUUCACCAACUUGGGCACCUUCCUGCCGGCCCGGAUGGAGUUCGAGGACUAUAUGCGCUGGUGUGCGCAGCGUUUCGAGAACGUCGUGAGCUACGGGGAGGAGGUUGUCGAUGUGGUGCCGGGAAGCAAGACCGAUGGCGUGGUCGACUACUUUGUCGUGCGCUCGCGAAAUGCGGAGACGGGCGAGAUUUCCUCGCGGAGAGCUCGCAAGGUCGUUGUUGCGCUGGGUGGCAAGGCCAAGAUGCCCCCGGGCUUCCCCCAGGAUACCCGCAUCAUGCACUCUUCCAAGUACUGCACUGCCCUGCCCAAUGUGUUGAAGAACGAGUCCGCACCUUACAACAUUGCCGUCGUGGGCUCUGGGCAAAGCGCCGCCGAGAUCUUCCACGAUCUACAGCGUCGGUAUCCCAACUCACGCACGACAUUGAUCCUCCGCGAUACUGCCUUGCGGCCCAGCGAUGACUCGCCAUUUGUCAACGAAAUCUUCAACCCAGAGCGCGUAGAGAAAUUCUACCAACUCCCCCAAGACGAGCGCCACGCGCGCAUCGCCAAAGAAAAAGCUACAAACUACUCCGUCGUCCGCCUCGAACUCAUCGAAGAAAUCUACAACACAAUGUACCUCCAGCGCGUCCAGAACCCCGACGAAUCCACCUGGCAACACCGCAUCCUGCCCGAGCGCAAGGUCGCCCGCAUCGAGCACCACAACCCAGCGCACCGCAUGCGCAUCCACGUCAAGUCCGUCAAGGACGAUGCCUCCGAUGGCAAGGAGGUGCUGGAGGUGGACGCUCUGAUGGUGGCGACUGGUUACCAGCGUGAUGCGCAUGAGCAGCUGCUUGAGCAGGUGCGUGGUCUGCGGCCUGCCGGUCAGACGGCGUGGGUGCCUGGUCGGGAUUACCGUGUUGCGCUGGAUGCGGGUAAGGUUGGUGCUGGGGCGGGGAUUUGGUUGCAGGGUUGUAAUGAGAAGACGCAUGGGUUGAGUGAUAGUUUGUUGUCUAUUCUUGCGGUGCGGGGUGGGGAGAUUGUGAGCUCUGUGUUUGGGGAGGAGUUGGCUGGCAAGACGGUGCAGGACACCCGGUUGCGGGCUAUGCUGUGA